AUGAGGUCCGUCUUCACCCUGCUGCUUCUGGUUUCUAUCAAGCAUGUUACAGGAUCUCUUCUUGAGAAGACAACCCAGCGGUGGGCUCAGUAUAAAGAAAAGUGUCUAAGAGACUUACGUAAGGAACCUUCUGGCAUAUUUUGCAAUGGUACCUUUGAUCAGUAUGUGUGCUGGCCUCAUUCCUUCCCAGGAAACGUCUCUGUUCCCUGCCCAUUUUAUUUACCUUGGUGGAAUGAAGAGAGAUCAGGAAUGGCCCACAGAUACUGUUUGGCUCAAGGGACUUGGCAGAUGCGGGAGAACUCCACAGAUAUUUGGCAGGAUGAUUCUGAAUGUUCUGAAGAACACAGCUUCAAAAAAAACGAGAAGCACCAUGACUUGCUAUUGAACUUGCAGCUGUUGUACACCGUGGGUUACUCUGUCUCCAUUGCUUCCCUCUGCCUGGCUCUCAGUCUUCUCUUAUUUCUUCGAAAACUCCACUGCACACGCAAUUACAUCCACAUGAACUUGUUUGCGUCUUUCAUUUUGAAAGCCAUAGCAGUUCUGGUGAAGGAUGUUGUCAUCCAUAAAUCUUACUCGAAGAGGCCCAACAAUGAGGAAGAGUGGCUGUCCUACAUGUCAGAGGUAUCCGUCUCCUGCCGUUCAGUCCAGAUUCUCCUGCACUACUUUGUGGGCACCAAUUACUCAUGGCUGCUUGUUGAAGGACUUUACCUCCACUGGCUACUUGAACCCAUUGUGCAUUUUGAAAAGUGGCUUUGGCCCAGAUACUUUCUGGUGGGAUGGGCUUUCCCAGUGCUUUUUGUUGCACCAUGGGGUAUUGUCCGUGCAAAAUUGGAGAACACAGGAUGCUGGGGAAACAACAAUAAUAUGAAAAUAUGGUGGAUCAUUCGAGGACCUAUGAUGUUUUGUGUAGCGGUCAAUUUCUUCAUCUUCAUGAAAAUUCUCAAGCUUCUCAUUUCUAAGCUGAAAGCUCGUCAAAUGUGCUUCAAAGAUUAUAAAUACAGGUUAGCAAAAUCAACGCUGGUCCUCAUUCCUUUAUUGGGUGUUCAUGAGAUAAUCUUCACUUUCAUCACUGAUGAUCACAUUACUGGAUUUCCAAGACAUCUCCGACUCAUCUUUCAGUUGACUCUGAGCUCCUUCCAUGGAUUUCUUGUUGCCUUGCUGUAUUGCUUUGCCAAUGGAGAGGUGAAGACUGAGCUGCGGAAGCACUGGGUUCGCUUUCUGCUAGCCCGCGAGUCUGGUUGUAGAGCCUGGAUCCUAGAGAAGAACUUCCGAUUCCUGGGCAAAUGUCCUAAGAAGUUCUCCGAGGGAGACAAUUCACUGCAGCCCUCACCUGGCAGGGGUCAGAUACUACACCUGACCCUACAGAGUUCUGGGACUCUGGGAGCCCGGGUGCCCCGGGGUAGCAGUCUGUCAGAGAGCAGUGACGGGGACAUCACCCUCACUCACACUAUGGAGGAGAUUCUUGAGGAGAGUGAGAUAUAG